AUGGGCGCAGGUGUUGACGAGACAGUCCGGCGCUUCUACGCUACGAACACGUCAAAAUCGCCCAGCGCUUUCUCAACGGCGUCUGGUGGCACAUCCACUGAGGCUCACACUCGAGAAACCCUCGCCGCAAGAGAGUCUGCCGCUUGUUUUCACCUCACCAAUGAGCCCAGUGCAAUCACGAGCGGUUUGACCGCAGAUGCAGCAGGCGCAUCCCCGCCUCCGCCCACUUCGGUGUGUGGCGCUGACAGCAGCACGGCGAUACCAACGGAGGCGGCCUUUCCUGUGGCUCCUCCCCCAGGCGCCAGCAGCGGCGGUUUGACGACGCCAGACCCGGAGCCGGUACGGUGGGUUCAGCCAGUUAACCAAGACCUUGAUACCCUCCCCAUCGUGGAUGCGAAGGGUGAAUACAUCGUGUCCCGCGUGCAGUGGCCGAUCGGCGAGGUGGCCUACCGCACCCCUGCUCCGGUUGACGACAAGCUAGCCCCGCGCUUCGGCUAUAACGUGGUGCAGGUGCGCAAGCACGUGUCAUGGUGGAAGUAUAACCAAAAGUACCCUCGCCUCUCCAUUGCGUACAUCAACAUCCAACUUCUCUUCAUUCUUGGGCUUGCCUGGCUUGUUGCCUUUCUCACCACCGAGUACCGCCGAGCGAUGGAGGCGAUGCGGACGCCUGGGGCGAUCGUCGGCGAGCACCGCGGCAGAGGGCCGCCUACGAACAGCACGCAGAGGAUCUCCUUUGACAAGCAGGAGAUGAAUGCGCUACUUGACCAGGCGCAGAACAACUGGUUCGAUGGCAAGGCAGAGGCGUCCUACGUGGGGUCGAAGGAGUACAAGAUGAAGAAAAUCCCGCGCCCGAAGGAGUUCUCCACUGAUGAUUUCCGAAAGCGAUAG